AUGGCUGCCGAAGCCGGAGAUACGCCCGCCGUUGUUGAGGGCGCUGCUGUAGCCGCUCCAUCUGCCGUUGACCUUCCAGUGCGUUCAAAACAAGAUGUUGCGGUGCCUCAAGGUCAGGCGCUGUCUGGAAAGCAAGAGCAUUACCUCAAGAGAGAACUUAUCUCUGAGCAGGUAAAGUGGGAAAUCAGCGAACUCAAUUCCACAACCGCUUUGCAGCGCUUCGGCGCACCUUUUCGAUCCGAACAUGGCGAGGUCCCCCCCGAGGAGUCUGAACUACCUAUUCUGCGAUACAUCUUCGUCCAUCAUAUUCGCGACUUUCCUUUCCUAGAUAAGGCGCGCGAGAAGGAGUUCUGGCAGGACAAACUACAAGUGUUCCUUGAAUCCUUUGCAGGAAAGCAAAUAUCGUCUUCUGAGGAUCGCUUGGAGGAGACGAAGCGACGAAAGUUAGCCAUCAAGGCAAGGAAGCUUGUUGAGUUGAUGAUGGUCUCUGGAAUCGGAACAUCAUCAGGGUUCGAAGAGCGUAUCCGCUUUUCAGAAAUCGAAAUCGUCGACAGCAACGCUAUCGAUACAGGCGUAAUGCAUACAUUGCCCGAGGGCAACUACAUCAACGGCUGGGAUGUCAACGUCGCCGGCGUGCGAGUCACCCAGGUGAAGCAUACGAUCCGAAAGCACAAACACGCCGAGUUUAUCUUGCGUAUCAAGAAGAAGGGAGAGCUGGAGCAUUUUGUCGGACGAAGAUAUAGCGACUUUGCGAAACUCCACAGCCGGUUACGUGCCGAGCUUCCUGGUCGAGUGGUACCGGAGAUGCCCAAGAAGAACAAGUCCGAUACAACAACGACGAUCACUUUCCCUUCCAUGUUCAGCAAUGGAAACGACUCGGACGCUUCCUCGAUUUCCUCGGUUUCGACAAGACCCAACGGUUAUUCAUCCAUGUUGACACCUGGCCACCAAAGAGCUGACUCUGCUGCCUCAUUCCGUUCAACUCGAUCAAAGGGACUCAACUCCCCCAGGAUUCCGUCUCCUCGAGUCUCCACCGAGGGAGGAAGACUCAGCCCAGCCAUCCGCCAAGACUCAGACAAGUCAGAGUCUGUCGUUCUUUGGCGCGAGAGCCAAAGAAUCUCACUCAGGGCAUUUUUGCGAUCUCUCCUGCACAACCCCCAGUUUGCCAACACUAAUGCUAUGCAAGAGUUCCUAGGUGGCGAGCCUAUCACACCAACAGACGAUGAUGUGGAAGAUAUUCUCCGGAGGAAGCAAGUGGACGCUAAACGCAUGGAAGAACAAAAGCAAUUUUAUGAGAUUGCUAGAAAACGUGCUGCUGAGCUUGAUGAGUACAUGGAACAGUUCCGUCGCGACAUAGUGGAGCGCAAUGGACUUACUAUGCUGUUCCAAGAGAUCAAGGAAAAGGAGACGAUCCCGGAUCUUAGCAUUCAGUAUCGAAAGUUUGCUGAGUGGCUUCGUAUCGAGAUCGCCGCCGUCAUCUAUCAUCUGUUCCUGGCGGAGGAUAACUCACCUGAGCUCUUUGCCCAGGCUAAACGCAUCCACUCUCUUAUCCCAUACUCGGUCAUCAAGAACGUCAUCCGAAUCGCGAACCCUGCGGCUGUCAUGUCGGGCGUUCUCGACAUUUUCCUGGCUCAGCCAUUUGGUACACGGUCAUUGAUGCAGAGAAUUUUCUCUCUAACACUGACCGACGGAAUCAAGAGCUUCCAGAAAUCGAUCGACAUUCUCGCCGGCAAGAUUGACGAUCCCGUCUUUUCAAGCAAGCUUUACACAUAUACACAUGCAGAGGAGCAUAUUAAGGUUGCCAUCCGUGAGGAGGCUGAGGCUGACGAUGUGGAUUUGAUCGUGGCAGUCUUGAGGUCCGACCUGAUCGAGCCAGGACUUAACGGAGAGCAAAUCCAGAGACUCUACAAUGCGUAUGUUGCUUUCAACAAUGCGGUGGAGAACAUCGACGAGGAGCUACGACAAGGAGCCCAAUUGUUCUCGUACAUGAAGCAGUACCUGAAGCUAUGCACAAGGCAGCGAGACAAGGAGAUGAUGCUUCAGUUGAUCGAAGAGCCGGUGACUCUCCAGCUCUUCCGAGACCUCUUUACCAUCUUUUACGAGCCACUCGUACGAGUUUACAAGUCGGCCAACGUGUACAGCAGUGUUACCGACUUUGCCGUGUUUAUUGAUGACAUGAUAAAGGUCGUCGACAAAUGCAGAGAGCAAGAUGCCUCAGCUGAUCCUAACCAAACGGUCCAGGCUUUCAUUGAUCUUUGUCAGCGACACGAACACAACUUCUACAAGUUUGUACAUGAAGUUCAUACACACGAUAACGGCCUCUUUACUCAGCUCAUGGGCUGGAUCGAGGGCAUUCUCGAGUUCCUGCGCAAGGGUCCCAAGAACGGAACUCUCAAUGUCAACGCAUUAUUUGAAGGUGCCGUUAGUGCUGGUAUCUUGAACAAAGAUAAGACAAUUUCAGAGAUCAACUCACUUAUUGCAUGGCAAGAAGCACGAAAGAAGUGGCACAACGACAAGACAAGACAGAAGAUGGCAGCAGAGGGCCAUGCAGGAAGCGAUAUGAUGCCAACAGCAAUGGCCUUCAACUCGUCCGACUUUGGAUUGGACAGUGAGGACCUUGAGGAUAUGGCAUAUGACGAUGGAUCCGAGGAUGAGUUAGAAGCAGAGCAAGAGGAUGAGAUGGACCCCAUCGAGGCUGAGAGGCGACGCAGGGCAAAGCGACAGGAUCGCUUGCGACGAAGCGCUGGAGAGCCUGCCAAGCCUCCCGUGGAAGAGGUCCACAAGCUGACGGACAAUUUCUUGGUUAUGCUGCGCGAAGUUUUGUCGAAUUAA